GGAAACAGAUGAAAGUGCAGCGUGGAGCAGACUGUUCUGCUGACAAGUGGCAUAUGUUUGUGUACAAUGUCGUCGGCUAAAGAGGCCAAUUUAAGUGCGCUGUACGCCGAACUAAACAAAUAUGGACAAAAUGGAGAGUAUGAACGUGCGCUGAAGACAGCUAACAAAAUCCUUCAAUUAAAAGUUGAUGAGGAGAAAGCCUUCCAUUGCAAAAUUGUGAGCUUGAUCCAACUAUCCAAAUUUAAUGAUGCUCUUGGUUUUAUCAAUAAAAACCCCAAGCUCUCUGGAGACCUAAUAUUUGAGAAGGCUUAUUGUCAGUACCGCCUGAAUCAACCACAAGAAGCUCUAAAGACCGUCAAUACGGAACAGCAAUUGAGUGUGAAACUAAAGGAACUGAAAGCUCAAAUUCUUUAUCGUCUUGAAAAGUAUGAAGACUGCUUUGAUGUGUACAGAGAUAUAAUUAAAAAUACAGAAGAUGACUAUGAGGAUGAACGUGAAACUAACUUAUCUGCUGUCAUUGCUAAUCUUUACAUUGAGAGCUCUGAAAAGGAAUUGCCAGCUCUUCGAGAGACCACAUAUGAAUUGGUAUACAAUACUGCAUGUCAGUUGAUUGGAAAAAAGCAGUAUAUUGAAGCUGAAAAGAAAUUAAGGCAGUCUGAAAAGAUGUGCCGAGAAAUGCUUGAAGAAGAUGGGUCGUCAGAGGAAGACAUUGAAGAGGAGCUGGCUAUCAUUAGGGUACAGCUAGCCUAUUGCCUACAAUUGCAAGGUAGGGAGAAAGAAGCACAGGGAAUAUACACCACUGCUCUGAAAAGAAAGCCUGAUGAUGCGAGUUUGGUUGCAAUUGCCAGCAACAACAGUGUAACAAUUAACAAGGAUCAAAAUGUAUUCGAUUCCAAGAAAAAGAUGAAGAGUGCAUCCAGUGAUGGCUUGGAGCAUAAACUUACUUCUAGGCAGAGGAAAAAUAUUGCUCUGAAUCAGUGUCUCAUGCUGCUGUACACCAACCAAGGAGAUCAGUGUCAAAAACUGUGCGAGCAAGUUUCUAAAAUGUACCCAGAUCUGGCUGAUGAUCUGUCUUUGGUUCGUGCAACUCAAAUGGCUCGUGAGGGCCGUGCUAGAGAUGCAGCAGCUCUCUUGGAGAAGGCUGCCGCUGCCUCGCCUUCACAUGAACUGGAAAUGAAGCUUGCAUCUGUUCAGCUAUUGCUUACUGAUGGCGAUCGGAAAGAGGCAUGUCGUAUAUUGAGGAAUUUAGGAGAUUCGACAUUCAAGCCUGGCAUAGUCAGUGCUCUAGUCACCCUGUACCUAGCUGACAACAAUCGAGAGGGUGCAUCAACUAUUCUGAAAGAUGCUGUUGAUUGGUACAAGCGAAGCAAGGAUAAGGGUGACCUAAGAUUACUUUGGCGCCAGGCAGCUGACCUUCAUAUGCGAAGUGGUGCACCAAACAUUGCUGCACAGAGCCUAGAAGAACUCUUGAGGUUGAAUCCCGAUAGUAAGAAAACACUAGCACAACUUGUCAUUGCUUAUGCUCAAUUUGACCCAGCUAAAGCAACAGCCUUAAGUAAGAAAUUGCCUGACUUGGAUUGCCAAGGUCAGGAUGUAGAUGCUUUAGAAUCUUCUAACUGGAUAAUGGGCACCAAGGUUAUCAAAAAGGCCACCAAGGUGGAACCUUCGCCUGGAUCCAAAGCAGGAACACCCGGAGACGAAUUAUUGCAGAAGAAACUUAAGAAGAAAAAGAAGAGGAAAGGAAAGCUUCCCAAACCUUAUGAGUCAGGCGUAUUACCAGACCCGAAUCCAGACCGCUGGCUUCCCAAACACGAGCGCCCUGGAUAUCGCAAGAAGAAACAAGACCGCAGAAAUAAAGAUGCAGGCAUUGGUAAAGGAACCCAGGGUGCAGCUACGGGUGCCAGUGACAUGUACGACAUGUCCAAAGUACAAAAUCAGUCGAAGGCUUCGCCUGCUGCAUCUAGUCCUGCAGCAGAGCCAGGACCAAGGCAGCAACAGAGGAAAGUGACACAAAAAAAUAAGAAGGGUAAGGGAAAACGAUGAUUUGAUUCAAUGUUUCAAUGUUUAUAAAUCUUUUACACUUGUGUUGAACAUUCUGGUUUUCUUGAAGAAGUUGAAUACUGUGCUGCCUCAAAGUUUUCAAUUGUGUUAAAAUGGAGUAGCUUUACUUUAAUGAAUUCUUUAUCUUAGUUUCAUUAUACCACAGAUUUUAAAAAGUUCACAAAUGUUAUGAUUUCACCUGUACUCUUGUGCCAGUAGCCUACUAAAUGCUGAUGGCGAUUUAGAUGAAAUAUUGAUUGAACUUUGCCAAGUGCCUUGACUGCUGCAGGUAUUUGUAAGGUUUGCUAGGUAGAAGAAUUCACAAUAUCAGUAAAUUUUGCAUAUUAUCUUGCAUUUGUACCUAUGUCAUAUAAUUGUGUUUCUAUUAUGUAAGCUCAAUAAGCCAGACAAUGAUUCGGACAAUUUUCGGUGUUUGCAAUCUUUGUUGCAGAUGAUGUUUUUUUACAUGGAAAAUAGUUAUAUUUUCAUGUUAUUGUUGUGGAACAAUACACUGAGAAUGUUGUUUACAA